ACUGCGAUGGAGAGUUGGGGGGGGGGGCGCACAUUUAAACGCGUUCGCCGCAUGGUUUUAGGAAUUAACUGUAUUUGUAAGAAUGUUUCAGUGUGUGUCUUAAUUACAAUUAAGUACUAAAAAAGUAUUGUCGGUCAAAGGUCACGCUGUUCUGACUGUCACACUCGCGCCAAUUCUGUAUUUCCGGUUGAGGCCGAGCUCACAGCCUCACACAGGUUCGUGUAAGACAAGUUGGUUUGCCAACCGCCAAUAAACACCAAAGAAGAAGAAGAAGAAGGUUCGUACAUGGAUCUGAGCAAGUUUGAGGCAGAUAACUCUGUGAGCUGCCGCUUGUCCUCGUCCAUCCCGGACGUGUGUAAGACAGAGGACUGCUGCCUGGGCAUCGAUGAGGCGGGCAGGGGUCCCGUACUGGGACCCAUGGUGUAUGGGAUAUGCUUCUGUCCUGUAUCCAAAAAGGAAGACCUGAAGAAUUUGAAAGUGGCAGAUUCAAAGACGCUGACGGAGGCAGAGAGAGAGAAUCUGUUUCUGAAGCUCGAUGAGUCUAAAGGUUUUGUAGGCUGGGCCCUUCAGAUCCUCUCGCCGAACACCAUUUCCACCAGCAUGCUGCAAAGAACAAAAUACAAUCUGAAUGCCCUGUCACAUGAUGCUGCUAUUGGUCUGGUGCAGUACACCCUGGACUGUGGGGUGCAGCUCAAAGAGGUGUUUGUGGAUACCGUGGGUCCUGCAGAGAAGUAUCAGGAGAAGCUCUCCCAGCGGUUCCUCGGGGUGGAGGUCACCGUCCGUCCCAAAGCUGAUUCUCUCUUCCCCAUCGUCAGCGCUGCCAGCAUCUGUGCCAAGGUGGCAAGAGACCAUGCUGUGAAAUCCUGGAAAUUUGCAGAAGAUUUGGGUGAAGUGGACACCGAUUAUGGCUCUGGGUAUCCUAAUGAUCCCAAAACUAAGAGCUGGCUGCUGAAGUAUCUGGACCCAGUGUUUGGUUAUCCUCAGUUUGUGAGGUUCAGCUGGAGCACAGCACGGACGCUCACAGACAGUAAAGCUGUUGCUGUUCACUGGGAUGAUGAUGAGGAAGAUGGAGAAAAAUCUGCUGCUCGUCAGAAUAACACCUCAAUGCUGUCGUAUUUCAGUCACAGCAAGCCGUCUGAGCUCACACACACACGAGACACACACCGCUUUUUCACUGAGCGCAAGCUACAACGCAUCAACACACUCUGAACACAAACACUGUCGAUGAAUGAGAGCGGCGGUCAGCAUAUCACAAAAUACAUGUCAGCUGGAUAUGUCUAACAUAUGAACUGGAUAUGUUCAUUAUCGCAAAUAAUGAACUGUGCAUGAGCCAGCUGAGUGUAUUAUAUUCUCUUGUGUGUUUUGUUCAUUUCUGGAUGUAAAACAAAUAAAAU